AUUCAGCAGCAGAAGCAGUAGUUAGCAGCAGGAGCUGCAACAGGUAAAGUAACGUCACUAAGUAUGUACUAGAGCGUGUAUACACUUGGUCGUCUUUGCUUAAUUUUCGGAUUAGACGCGGAAGGGCUUCGGAAACAUCCAGUUAACCCGGCAAAUUUAACUGAAGAUCAGAUAUAAACUUGAUUUCUUCUGACAAAUUGUUCCUGAUGCUUUAGCAAACAAAUUCCUUAAUGCAUUAAUAUUUCCCCAAUAUUAAAUGUUAUUUCUUCAAUAUCAAAUUUUUCAUGAAGUUGCAUGAAAGUUUGGCACAGAAAUUUAAUUUGAUGACACUUUAACUUGAUGAUAUGCCAGAAUGAAAGGAUGGCUUUAUGUGGAAGAGAUAGAAAAUGAGGCUUGGUGUAUUCUAACUUAUGGUUUACUUUUUUGUUACAAGAAUAAAGACUGCCAAGAAUUAAUCAAUUCAAUAACUUUACAGGACUGUUCUGUAAAACCAUUUGUAUAUCCAAACACUAUUUCUUUUGAGAACAACAACACAGAAUCGAUUAGCUACCAAUUUGCUAUUGAAAGGCCAGGAAGAAAACACGUCUUUUGUACCAAGAAUAGCAAUAAUUUGAAUGAAUGGGUUACUGCAAUUAAAGAACAUAUGGAUUCAAAUACAACAAGAUUAUGUCCUGGAAAUUCAUGGGUGUCUGAUUCUUCUCUGACAGAAGAUAAGCGGUCCAUGUCGAGCAAUGAUUUAUUCACUAUUCAGUAUUCAUUGAGACCAUCUUUGAUUGACUCAAGUAAUUCUUGUGACUCUAUUCCUUCCUUUGAUGAAAAUCAUUCAACAAAAAAUACAUUUAGACAUAGCACUGGACUACCUAAUAUUUAUGAAGGUUUUGAUGGUAAUGACCUGAAGUCAAAAUCUCCCUUGACUCAGAAAAUUUCUUUAUUGUCAUCUUGUUCUGAUCUUACAGAGUGUUCAGAAAAAACAAUUAAAAGUAAUUUAAAUAACAAAACAAAAAAGCCAAUAAGAUUCAGUUUGCGUAGGGUUUUUAGUUGGAAGAAAUUGGAUAAGGAGAGCUCUGAUGUGGAAAUGACAUUAUUAAAUAUUCAGAAUAUUCACCUGGCAAAUCACCUCCAAUGUAAACUGCAUCACAAAUGGAAUAAAAUGUGGUGUGUAGUAGCCGAGGGGAACUUUUAUUGCUUCAAAUCAAAUAAGCAGAAUGAAAAAAUUCAGUUCUUUUUACAUCUUACUGAUUCACAGUUUAAAUAUUCUUCUCCUUCACUCAAUGGUCAUACAGAUUCUCAGAAAACAUUCCUCAUUGAAAUAAGCUCACAAAAAAAAUUUAUUUUGUUGAAUGCAUCUUCAUCAAGUGACCAAGUCUGUUGGAUUAACGCAUUGACCAGAGAGAAAGUUUCUGCUUUAAAGACUUCAGAUCCACAGAAGAUUCUAUGCUGUGAUGAUAAUAUUUGCUCUUUGUGUUCACAUUUCUCCUGUUCUGAUGUACAUAUCUCAGUAGCUCCUUCAACUGAACUCCCAGAUAUUCCAGCAUCACCAGAGAAAUCUGAUUACCAUUCAAUAUUAUCCUUUAGUGAUGAAAAGGAUCAUGGCUAUACAACUGCUUCAGAUGAUUUUGAUAACCAAAGUUCAGUUGGUUCUCAAAAUGGAAUUGGUGAAUCUUACACCCCACCAUCACUUCGAGUCUUGGCUCAGGAAGUUGCUUUAAAGUUGCCUGAAAGUGAUACUUUCGCAUUUGAAGAUAACUUCAUCAAAGCCAUUCCUGAAAGAAACAAUAACAACUGGAAUACUGAUUCCCAAAUGAUGGCGCACAUCAGUCGUACUAAGAUAAUCCCACCUACCCUCACACCUGCUACAAAAUCAUUGUGCAAUGCUCAACAGUCAUGCUCUCUCAGCCCUGAUGAAACAAAAUCCUCAGUUCAUACCACUAAACUGCUAACAACUGAAGGAGGAGUACAAACAGCCAAACGCCCCAAAUCUCUGCCUAUUGUUGAAAAUCUCUUCAACAAUACAACAAAGUGUAAAAUUGAUAAACUAUCUUCCAGUGUAUCUUCACUGCAUUUACAACCCCAGACUGUAAUGUCAGGUUAUCUUGAAAGGAGAACAUCUUUGGAAGAAUGGUCCAAAUUCUGGUUUGUUCUGAAAGGGAAUGUCUUGUAUUGCUAUCCAAAACAUGAAAAUCAAUCUACAUCGAUGGAUUGCAUUGAUUUGAAUGGAAGUCAUAUUGUUACUACCAGUGAACCUUUGCCUGGCAAACAGUUCAUGUUCCAAAUAACUACAAAGAAUGGUAGCUGUUCAGAAUAUUGUGCCAGUACUGAAGGUUCUCUAACCAAUUGGAUGAACCAUUUACUCACUGCAACAGAGAGUUGCAGCACUUCUAGUCCUUCUAUAGGUUCAGAGGGUUUCUUCAGUUCUAGGGAAGACUUAACUGCCUAUGAUCCAGCUCAGACAUGUGAAGAAUUCAAAGACAAAACAAAAUUUUUGAAGCAACAACUUCUUUCCAAUAUGGUUCAACAAAUAAAUGACAUCAAACACAGACAAGAAUUAAGACAAGGUGCAGAAUCAGAAAACGAAUGUGAUAAACAGAGCAUGUGUAUGACACGUUUAGUACAGAGAAGAAUGUCAGCUCAACUUACGUUACAAUCAAUUCAGAAACAGAUCAACAGUCACAGCAAGAAAUCUCUAUUUGGUUUUGGAGGUGGAAACAAAAAGAAAGGAAACGUAAACCAAAAACAUCAUUUGGCUAACCAAGUUGAAGAACUGAAUAAUGAACUUGAACAAAUAGAUCGCUCUCUUCACCAGCACUGUACUGACCAUCCAGAAAUGGCUAUACAGUCCAAUGCUCAUCUUCUCUCACCGGACUCACAAACUAAGCAAAGCAGUGGUAUUAAACAUAUCAGUAGCAUUUCAAAAUCUUUCCAUAUUAGCUCAAAAUCUCGUCUUGGAUUGAUGCGUCCAGUGAAAUUGCGGAACAAUCGUUUGACAAAAGAGAAUCGCUUCAGCACACCACCAGUCUUAUUAAAUUCUUGGGGUACAGAAUCACCUAAUGUUAAUUCAAAUUUAAAUCAGACUUCGCCUAAUUCCUCAGAGAACAUGUUUCUGAAAUCUUUAGACUUGGCAGAUAAUGCUACAAAAACAUUGUCACAUUGUAGUCAAUCUGACCCUAAACGAAACAGCCAUCACUCAUAUACAACAGACCAAAUGGAACAUUUAAAUAACCUAAAAACAAAUUCUUCUCAUAAGAAGUCCAAUUUAAAGAUAAGUUCUGAUGCAUUGUCAGAAAUUGAGGCAUUUGAAGAACUUUCCAAAAAAUAUUUCACCAAGCAGACGAUGCCACCAAGUUCCAAUGCUUGACUUGAUUGUCCUUCCCAUUAAAAAAAAAAUGACAUUGGUGCGAGUCGAGUUCCAAAGAAUCAAAGAAGAUAAUUUGUAAAGAUUUCUUGGAAGAUUCUUUUAUAAUUCAAUUACCUGACUUCCAAAUCAAACAGAUUUCUAUUCUGAUGUAAUUAUGUUAAAAUCUGAACAUCUUACAUAGGAGAAAAUGAAAACCUUCCUAAUUCUGAUUCUGUAAAAUUUGAUUAGGAGUAUAUAUAUAUAUAUAUAUAAUUU